AUGGUCGAGGGGGAGUGGUUUGAAGGACCAGAGUGGCUACUCUCAGAGAAAGAUUGGUCAGAUCAGCCAGAUUUAAAGAAUUCUUUAGCAGUAAACAGUGAAUUUAAGCCAAUGAAAGAAACAGUAUUUCAUGCAAAUGAAGUGGAAUCAGAUGAAUGGGAACAACUUUUAGAGAGAAAAACAUAUUGGCAGACUUUAAGAACAACUGCCUGGGGGCUGAGAUUUGUUAAAAACUGUCUAGCCAAGGUGAAAAAGGGAAAACUAACAAAGGGGCAACUGACAACAGAAGAGAUUUUAAGUGCAAGGGAUUACUGGGUGAGAAAAGAACAAAGCAAAAUAACAGAAAUCAAACAGACACCAGGGUGCAGAGUUGAGAAAGAAGAGGAGACUGGUAUUUUAAAAUGUUAUGGGAGAAUUCAGGGUUACAAUCCUACCUACCUAGAAAUGGGAUUAUUUGCAGAGAAGCUCAUUAGUUAUACCCAUCAAGAGAUUAUGCAUUUUGGGGUUGCAGAUACAAUGGCUGCCGUAAGAGAAAGCUGGUGGAUUCCAAGACUAAGAGCUGCAGUUAAACGAGAGAAGAGAAAGUGUGCAAUAUGCAAGGUGUUUUCAACAAAACCUUACAAAGGACAAUCAACUGCACCUCCUUUACCGACAUUUCGUACAAAUGUCAGCUGGCCAUUUGAAACAACUGGAGUCGAUUUUGCUGGACCUUUUCUAUCCCGGGUUAACAAGAACAAGGUAGAGAAAGGAUACAUUAUAAUAUUCACGUGUGCAGUUAUGAGAGGCGUACAUUUUGAAGUUACACGAUCGCAAACAGCUGAGGAAUUUCAAGCAAAGUUGAAUGCAUUUAUCACUCGGAAGACAAGACCAAAGUUACUUGUAUCUGACAAUGCUCAAGUGUUCAAAACAACUGCAAAUUGGAUAAAGAAAAUUCGAAAAAGUGAACAGUUACAGAAUUUCUUAGCAAAACAAGAGAUCAAUUGGAGAUUUAACUUAUCGAAAAGUCCCUGGUGGGGCUCGAUGUACGAACGUUUAAUUAAAGAUCUAAAGAGAGCACUUUUCAAGACAGUUGGAAAAUCACUACUUAGUUUCAACCAGUUGGAAACAGUCGUCAUGGAUAUUGAGAGACACAUGAAUAAUCGUCCUUUGACGUACGUAGAAGGAGACAACGAGGAAAGCCAAGUUUUGACACCAAGUAUGAUUAUGUGGGGAAAGAACUGUCACAUUCUAGAAGAUAUAGAUGUAGAGGAGAACGAUCUGACGAAGAUACAGAGAAGAUUAAGUAACGCCAGACAACAUGUAUGGCAGAGAUGGAAGAAAGAAUACUUAUAUAGUUUAAUGGGAGUGCAUCGCAUUACAAAGUUUAACACGUGCAUUCCAAAGUUGGGGGAGAUCGUCCUCGUUUUAGGAGAAGAGAAGAACAGAGGUAAAUGGAAAAAAGGCAGAGUCGUCAGCCAUGUAAAAGGAAAAGAUGGAAUUGUCAGAGGAGUCACAUUGCUACACAAAGGAAACACUAUUGAAAGACCAUUAGUUGUAUGUCCGUUAGAAAUAAGAAGUUGUGUUGCUGAGGAAACUACAGAUGAGAGAGUCGAAGAAAAAGCAACUGAAGAGAGAAGCAAUGAGAAGAAACUGAAGAUGAAUGCUGCGAUGAAUGCCGCUAUGAAGACAAGAUGA